UUGCAUCUUUGUGCUAGUAGCGGUAUAUUUAUUGUCGAGUAUUGUUUUCAGGAAGUACACGGAGUUGUUGAGGACCUUUCGUUGAGAUUAGGAACAACUGGUGAUAAAUGGCUGCAGUCAGCUGUGAAGAAGCCAAAGUAUUUCGAAUUUACACCAAUGGAACUUUAUGCAAUAACGGAGCGAAUGAAGUUGGCUGAGCCAACCACAAAUGGUGAUGGAAAAGCGGAUGUUGCAAAUUAUGUGGAAUUCUUACACAAAGUCAGAAAUUUGAAAGUUCGUGGUGCACGAGGCUGCAUUGGUUCUUCAAAUAUUACGUGGAAUUCUUUAUCGUUUAGUUUACGCGCAUGUAAAAAUAUCCUCGCUUUGUGGGUCUGUUUUUUAUUUCAAUUCUUUAGUUUCAUGUGUAAUUCUUGGAGUACGGUACAACGUGAGCAGUGUUAG